GUUUUACGUGCGCACUCUCGUUUUCUUUUUUCGCGCGAUCGGUGAAACAAAUUCAGUCAAUCAAUUUAAUCGUCUGUGCGCAACUGCGAAGAUAGUGUACUAAACACUUCGUUUUCUUUUGUGCUGAGAAAUGCGGGUAUGUGCUUAUAUUUUGGCUGUGGUUUUACUACCAUGCAUGUCCAAAUGCAGUAUUGACCUUUAUUUGGCCGAAGAUCAAGUGGAAAAGUUAUUUGGCAUAGCUGAUGCUGAGAUGUACUACAUAAGGAACGGGAUUAUAAACGAAAAUGCAGUGAAUUUUGUUGCCCAUGUUCAACCUGAACAUACAGAUCUUACAUAUUUGUGGAAAGUUACAAAUAAAGCUAUUACUGUUGCUUACGAUUUGGACAUUCUCGAUGUACAGAAAAGCCCUGCACAAUUAAAUACUGGCAGUGUGGAGAUGAACAAGCAUUCCAUAUUAUAUCCACCAAAGCUGGAGUCAAAAAGUGGGACCAUUAGGUACAGUGAGGACUUACAGCCUCAAACCCUGAAAGUCAGUCUGGUUUGCACUGGUGAAAGGGAAGGGAAUGUUACAGUGACAAUGAAACUUAAGUUAGUGAUGGAUUCUGGCACUGAUUUAGUAGUCAACAUCAAACGACUGAAGAAAUGUUUAAAAACUCAUAGCUUUGUAGAAGACAAGCCUGUACUUACUGAUCAACCAAGUGAACCAAAUGAUCAGGAUUUAAACUUGGGAGGUACACAACAAAGCACGUCCGCUUUUUACAUCUCUGUGUCUGUUGUUUCAUCAUUUAUUGUGUUGAUUGUGGUUGGUGUUACAUUGUGGCAUGUUCGUAUGAGCAAACGAUACCAACGUUCAGGAGUGGACAACUGUAUACCAAUGCAACCUGGUGCCCAACAUUUGAACCAGUUCCUGCGCCCAGAUCUUCCCAACAAUGCACUAAAACCGCCUUCCCAUUCAAGCUUAAUGCAGAUAAUCACUCCGCUAAUAAAUGAUCUUGGAACUGAUAUUAAUGAAAUUCAAAGCAAGUUAUCAGCCAUUGCCAUUCCCAGGGAAAAUGUUGAUAUUGGUGAGCUUACAUUGAAAGGAACGUUUGCAAGGAUAUAUAAAGGAACAUUAGAUGAUGGAACACCAGUCCUUAUCAAGACUGUAUCAGACAUGGCAACUGAAGAACAAAAGCGAUUGUUGUUAUUUGAAAGCUCGCUGCUACGUGGCAUGCACCAUAGAAAUCUACUAUCAAUGAAACAUGUUGUUCUUCAAGAUGAUUCCACCCCACCAAUGGUCUUAUUCCAUUUUAUGGAAGGUGGAAAUCUAAAGCAUUACCUGCAAGGAUUAAAAUUGAAGGAAUCACCAGGACUUGUGUCUGGAAUAUUUGGUUCAGGGUCAACAAAAUAUGAACAAGUUUCGACGCAAGAUCUUGUAGAGAUGGCUAUACAGAUUGCUUGUGGUAUGACUUAUUUAUCAAAAAGAGGAUUAGUGCACAAAGAUUUGGCUGCAAGAAAUUGUGUAAUCGACAGAGAUCUAAAAGUAAAAAUUUCUGACAACGCAUUAUCACGGGAUGCUUUCCCUGCCGAUUAUUGUUGCCUUGGCGAUAAUGAAAACCGACCAGUAAGAUGGCUAGGUCUUGAAAGUUUGGUUCACAAAGUAUAUUCCUCUGCAAGUGACGUGUGGUCCUUUGGAGUUUUAUUAUGGGAGUUACAGUCCCUAGCUGCUACACCAUAUGCAGAUAUUGAUGAUUUUGAAAUGGCUAGCUAUUUGAAAGAUGGUUUUCGUCUAAGUCAACCAAUCAACUGCCCAGAUCAUUUGUACAGCAUAAUUGCAAGUUGUUGGCAUUACUCACCAGACCAAAGACCCUCCUUUACCAAACUCCUACAAAUGCUUACUGAGUUUUAUGCAGAACUAGAAGUCUAUGUGUAAACUUUACUAUUUCAUUUUUCUACAUUUUUAUAUCAUGAACAACUGUAAAGUGGUCCGAAAUUGGUAAUUUUUACUGGCUCUUUUGCUUGUACAUAACUGCCAAUAUUUUAAACAGUUUCUUUUCUACAAUUUUAUAUCAUAAAUGUCUGUAAAGUGGUCCUAAAAUGAUAAUUUUACUGGCUUGUAUAUUAGUGCCAAUUACCUAGCUUUGUAAUAAAAACUAAUCCUGUA